GACUUAAAACCUGUAUGAAAACUGUUUAACAGGCAGAUUGUGUCUGAUAUCUGAACUUUCGUAGUUCAGCUAUAACGACUCAGUGACUCAAACAUAAAAGUGGAAAUUCUCACGUUUUAUUCCUAUACUUCACAUACCAGUCUGAGUUUUGUUACUAUUCGACAAUAUUGGUUGUCAUCGGUAUGCCCGAAUGUGAAAACUAUUCGUUCGAAUCUAUACUCACUCCAAAAAUGAUGAAAUAUAUUUCCUUCCCUUACCAAUUUUCCAAUGACAUCAUAUUCAAGAUUCUCUGAAACUGUUAGUGAACUCAAUGACUACACACUGCUCAAGUUAUUACAAAGAUUCAUUCACACUUGCUUAGUCGGAAAUAGAUUUCAGUUAUGCGGAGAUGGGUUGGGCAUGCACUGAGAAGACCAUUGGGGUACACCACUCGAGAGGCCAGGCACUCGAGUGGAACCAUGAUGGGAAACGUUGAGUUGGGCGUCUGAGGCAAGGGUGACAUGGAGGAGAUAGUGUGAGGAAGAAAUGAAAGGUUGUGGGCAAUCGCGGAGCCAGGUUGAAAAGACUGCAGAGAUGUGCAGAGUGGAAUGGAGACGUCCUACUCAAGGUGUAUGUUCCAAUAGGAACUCAAGGGACAAAUAAUAAAUAAUCUGUGGACUGCACAAUAAUGACCAGCAUACUUUCCACUGAAAUUCGUUUUACACACCUCAUUCACAACUACGUUCAAUUCUCAAGUGGAUUCACUCAACACAACUGGGGUCUUUUACUGGAACAAUCAACAGAAAGCAUUUUCAGAUUUAUCUAGUGGUUAAAAUCUUCCAUUUAUCCAAUGAUUUCUUGAUUCAGAAUGUAACAAUUUCUUCCUAUCAUAUACAGCUAAAUAAACAAUAAAUCUUUGAAGAAUGCCAAGAGACAGUAGUGUUCAGACAGAUUCAUCAUUGAAUCAAAGCACAUCUGGUGUGAACUUAAUCAAACUUUUCAUAAUUGUCAGUCUACCCAUUGUGGAAAUGAUCAUUACAAUCAUACUGAUGAACGUGUAGUGAGUUCCUAUAAAACACAACAUAAAAUCAAUUGAACAGUUCAGAUUUAUGUCAGAAACUCAAAGAAAAAAAGUAUAUAUCAUUUAUUUUAAUGUAAGUAUUUCAUAUUUAUCUGUUUGGGAUGAACACCUGUAACGACUAACAGUUGCAUGGUAAUAUAUUCACUCACAUUAUUCUACGACUAUUGUAACUCCUUUUCCUUGUUUCGUUCAACUCACUUAUCUGUUCAUAUUGCCCAUGUUGUAUAGAUGUUGAUUAGUUUCUGUAAUCUUGAACAACACACUCUAAAUAACCAUUGACGAUGGUGAAGGUAAGGUUGACGAGAGUUUCGAAAAGAAACACUGGAAAUCCAUUAAGAGACUUCUACACGAAUCAUUAUUUCGAUGUGAUCAAAGGCUUCUGAAAUGGAUAUUUGACUCAAUGCAAACUGUGCUGAAUCCGUAACCACAGAAAUGUCAAUUAACAGUCACUACUAAUCUCACCUUGCUUUUUCUCUUAUCGGAAUACGAAACGUGAAACUAAUAAAAAUUCACUUUGUCUUUUUUUCCCUUCUAUUCGAGUGCUUGGUCUGCAGCCUCAUGUUUGCUGUUUGGAUUGAUGCGUGGCCUACGAGCAAGGUUUCCCAUUAAUCAUGUUUUUCUACUUCUCAAUGUAAGUCAACCUAAAUAAUGUGAUUACCCUAAAGGUAUUCAUGCACUCUGUUUUGGAAUAAACUAGAUUGCUUACAGUCUUCUAUACCAUAAGCUGACAAUUUCUGUGUUGAUUAUCUACAUUUCUUAAGAUGAUAUGACAAGAUUUACUGCAUUUCUUGUCAUCACAUUCAUUCUGUUUAUACGUUGUUCAUUUGAAAUUGUUUCUGACAGUCUGUUUCCGUAGUGCAUUUAUCUCUAUCAAACAGACUGUCAUUACUUUGAAAGAUACUUAUCCAUCAUUGAAGAGUACACCGGCUAUUUGAAUAUUUGAUUGGAUCGUUGAGAAUAUCAUCAGUGAAGUAUAUUGUAAAAUCGAACGUUUCAAGUGAUAAUUUGUGCAGUAAAUCACUUCCUGUUUGUUUGUGUUUUGAAGCCAACCACUUUCUUCUCUACUAAUACAAAAUGAGUCACGAGGAGAAACAUAUACAUAGUAAUUGUUUGAUGACAACAGUGAUUGUGUGUCGGUUGAGAGGAGCAGCAGUCUUAUGCCUUAAGUUUUAUUUAGAAACGCAUUCAAGUUGACCUUAUGCAAUGCUGAUAUAAAGUUUUGUAACUUGGUGUUUCCAUCCAAACAGAGAUAACGAUAGCCGAAAAUGUAGGUUGGUCGGACAUCCUCAGCUUGAUGAUGCCAAUUGACGAAACUGUAUGCAAUGACACGUUGUAAGCUGAAACGUCUGAAGCAAGAUUCACAUCAGAACGGCAUCAAGGAGUACUCUUACCAAUAUACAGCGAUCUAGAUUUCGAUGUGAUUUUCCAAAUCCCAUCAGUCUCCCUUCCACUAUCCAGCAAUGUAAAAGCCCAUGUCAACAAACCUUUUGACAGAUUCUACUGAUUCACCACCAAGGGUCAGUACAGGUAUGUGCUGCUGCCAAAUUAUUAGGAAACUGAUUGAAAGCAACUCAGGCAGUUUGCAUAAUGCCUCUCUGUGAAACAAAAUCUUCGCAUACAGAAGGUUGAGAAAGCUUUCACCUCGAAGAAGGUCAACACGAACACUAAACACUUUUUCACAGCUGUCUCAAAAUCAUCAUCAAUGGCAAACGGAGAGAGGAGUCAGAAAUCUAAGACAGAUCAAAAACCCAACUACUGAGAACAAUGAUGAAAAUGGAUUGUGUAUCGUAACCCCUUUUUAUGUGUCGAAUUAUGAGACUUUCAAAAUGUUAAUAAACCUUACUGAACUGCCACCCGUAAUCGCACACUUUCUUACAGUCAGUUUCACCAGCUAGCCCUACUCAACCAGUUCAAAUCAGCCUUCAAAUGGAAAAAAGAAAGAUCUCUAGUUUGUAGUGUGCAUGACAGCUCACCAAAUUUAUGGAGAAUAGUAAAUGCAUGAUUUGUGCAUUUGUAACAUACACACGGAGUUGUACACAGUCUGCUGGGAAUGAAACAGGCAAAUGUGACUGUGUUACUGGCGUAGAAUGGUAACCCGAUGAUUAUCCCAAAACUUUCAUUCAGUUUCCAAGGACACUAACAAUGAUGACUUAUUUCGAGAGAGUCAUCAUACCUUCAGUUUUCCACACAAACAAUGUAAUCAACACUGUGAAAACAGUGUCAUUCUCAUACUUGAAAUAGUCAGUUAUCUGGACAAGGUGUUCUUCAUAGGCUUCCAGUUCAUUGGUUGGAUAGGUGUUUACAAAUUACUGUGCUACAUGUUGGUUCACAUCUCACCACUUUAUCUAAUAGGAGUUCUGAUAACAAUUUUACUUCCUUGUAUCUCUACCACUGUGGUCCGUGAAUCCGGAAGUCGACAUUUACAUGAUAUCAUGUACUUCACACAGAAAGGUAACAUGAAGGAACUGCAACUUACAAAUUAAGGUUACUUAUAAACCUACAUUAACUUUGUAAUUUGAUCAUGCUUGCUUCAUUAAAUUCAUGUAGACAUGAAUAUGCUUUAGAUGUAAUCAGUAUAAAGUUGUUAGACGCUUUGUCAACUUCGAGUUUAAGAAGCAACAUGCUCAAUAUUCAGCAACUAGACAUUCAUGUGUUCAUCUUGGUACAUUACUUACUGAUUUCCUCAGUAAUCUAAUCUUUCCUACAUGGCGUAAGUACAUAACAUAACAUACCAUAACAGUUAGGGUAUACAAUUCUGCCUACCACAUUACUGACUAUCUACUCAAAUAUUCAGUUUCUCACUUCUAUAAAUACACCUCGACAUAAUUAGUGAAGUGACAGUUGCAAGAAAAGAAAAGAUAAACUUUUCAGUCUGACUAACAUAUAUUUUAACUGUAAUUGGUAAUCUAAUCAUUUUGUAAUCAUUUUACUUCAAACACUAGACUCAACUCAUGUGUUAUGCAUUCAUACCACCAGUGUUGCGUAUUCGAUUGGAAUUCAUUCUAACAUCCUUCCUUAUUGCAACAGUAUUCAUACUUAUCAUGAUAAUCAUUGGAUUAAACAUUCAAAUCAAAUUUUUUCGAGUUUGGUUAUUCGUCGUGAUUUGCAGUUGGUUUGGAGUCUUCUUCAUUAUAUGCAUUUGUCUCUAUUUUUACAACUUUUGCAAAAUACUCUGUCCUCUCCUGAUUGUUGGCUACCUCCCAUUCAUUGUACCAAUUCUCUUACGCAUUGGUCAACUGCUGAGACCAGACUACACUGAGCGCAUGUUCGAUUCUCACUACAUGUUGGCAUCACUCACAAUAUCAAUAAUAUUCUUCUUCACUUUCUACUUAACUGUUGUGCAAUUUUCUCAUUGUAUUCUAUUCAAAUGUAAUGAAACUUCAGUUAACCAAACAUGUGCACACUAUUCAGAAAAUGUAUCCCUUUCUAAUAAACUUUCCUUACCCAAUCAUUCUGCAUAGUUCACUUGAAUGUCUAGCCUAUCUAUUCAAUUGUACAAUUUCAGAAUAUAACCACUGAAGUUACUGUGAUAAGCC